AUGCAUGCUAAGGAAGAUCCCAAAGGCGUGGGGAAAGGGACGCAGCCCAAAAAGCACAAACCAAAGCGCAGGGUUUCGGAGCUAGACGAAAUAGCCGCUAAGAGGAGGCGAGAGCAAGCCUCUCGUGCUCAGCGAGCCUUUAGGCAGCGCAAAGAGGACACCAUAGCGUCCUUGAACUCAUGUAUUGCAAGUCUCAACAAGACUGUCGAAGACUUGAACUCGUGUUUCCUCGACCUGACUGAUGAGCUAGUGGCGUCUGGAUGGCUUCAGCACGACCCAAAGAUGACCACAGCAGUACAGAAAUCGAUCGAACGUUUUCUUUCCGUUGUUCGAGCUUCUCAGGUCCACCAGAGAGGCAACGAUGACAUCUUGGCUUGCCAAAGUCCUACAGCAGUGAUCAAUGAGCCACCCGUAGUGGAGACUCAUUCUGAUACGUCUUAUGAGAGAAACCCUCGGGAUCCUAAGGAGAUACUCGUGGAAUCUGUGCCCGCCACAUCCUUUUGGACGGAAGACAAUCAGCUAUCGGAUUUGCAAAACCCCGAUUGCGAGAUUAUGCAAUCUCGCACUGAUGCAGUCAAGAUCAUGUCAUGGUUACCCAAGCCAGGGCCCAUGAUCUCGAUUAUCCCGAGCUUUGCUCAAAGGCUGCAUAUGGAAGCAAUACGGUGCGGCUUGCUACUUGUCUAUGCUGCCGAGAGCUAUUCGCAAAAGUUCCACCAGGUAUUCAACCAAGUUCCCGAUUUCUACUCACGUGAACGCUUAAAAAGGAUCCUGAUCAAGCAUUUUGAUGGUGAGGGCAAUCAGUUGCUUGUGCCUCCUCCUGAGAGUGAUAACAACAUGCUAUGGGCCGGAGAUUCGUCGUGUGCGUGGUUGAACGCUUCUGAUGUGGCCCGAUACUUUCGUACAAUAGGCAUGGACUUUGAUGGGUCACAGGGCGUAGCAACGUUCAACACGUAUCCGAAAUUCUUCCCAACAAAUCUGCCUGAUGAGCAAGUAUUCGGUGCAACAGGCCCUGUCUCCAUACAUGAAGGUCGUUUGCUAGAACCAGAACACCAAUAUCAGCCGCAAGACCUGGCCCCGCUCUACAACCAACCCACGCUCAGUUUGACAGUCAAUCCGCAAUAUCUGAGCACGAGCAACCCUAGCUACACCAAUCUAGGCCAUGGCCAGUCACAUGUAUGCAUUGACGUGUCGAGGCUGAUACAUGGUGAGUAUCUAUCACUCCCAAACUGGACAUCAAACAUGUACUAA